AUGGCGGCGUCGGCGAACUCUUUCCUCGUCGGAAACAAUACUCAGAUCCCAUCUCUAAAACCCAAAUCCACCUCUCAGUCUCUCCUCCACCUCAGCAAACCAAACACCGUAAACCUCGCCGGCAAAACCAAGCCCGUCUCCGUCAGAUGCGUCGCCGCGACGACCCACGUUCAAGACGGAGCUAGAUCCGGCUCCGUCGGCGGAUCGCAAGAGCGCGUCUUCAACUUCGCGGCGGGUCCAGCCGCUCUGCCCGAGAACGUCCUCCUCAAAGCGCAGUCGGAUCUGUACAACUGGCGUGGAUCCGGGAUGAGCGUGAUGGAGAUGAGCCACAGAGGGAAAGAGUUUCUCUCGAUCAUACAGAAAGCUGAAUCGGAUCUCCGUCAGCUCCUGGAGAUUCCCUCGGAAUUUUCCGUUCUGUUCUUACAAGGCGGUGCAACGACUCAAUUCGCUGCUCUGCCUCUCAAUCUCUGCAAACCGGAAGACACGGUCGAUUUCGUCGUCACCGGAUCGUGGGGAGAUAAAGCUGCGAAGGAGGCGAAGAAGUAUUGCAAAGCGAAUGUGAUUUGGUCAGGUAAAUCUGAGAAAUACACCAAAGUUCCACCUUUUGAUGAAUUGGAGCAGAGUUCGCACGCCAAGUAUUUGCAUAUAUGCGCCAAUGAGACUAUCCAUGGAGUUGAAUUCAAAGACUACCCUCUUCCUAAAAACGGUAUCUUGGUGGCUGAUAUGUCUUCCAACUUCUGCUCGAAGCCGGUCGAUGUGUCAAAGUUCGGUGUGAUCUACGGCGGUGCGCAGAAGAACGUUGGUCCGUCCGGUGUCACGAUUGUGAUCGUUCGGAAAGAUUUGAUCGGAAACGCUCAGGAGAUCACUCCGGUGAUGCUUGAUUACAAGAUCCACGACGAGAACAGCUCGCUGUACAACACGCCUCCUUGCUUCGGGAUUUACAUGUGCGGUCUCGUGUUUGAGGAUCUGUUGGAGCAAGGUGGGUUGAGAGAAGUGGAGAAGAAGAACCAGAGGAAAGCUGAUUUGCUUUACAAUGCUAUUGAAGGGAGCAAUGGGUUUUUCAGGUGUCCUGUUGAGAAAUCUGUGAGGUCGUUGAUGAAUGUGCCUUUCACGCUGGAGAAGUCUGAAUUGGAAGGUGAGUUUAUCAAGGAAGCUGCGAAAGAGAAGAUGGUGCAGCUUAAAGGGCAUAGAUCGGUGGGAGGUAUGAGAGCUUCUAUCUACAAUGCUAUGCCUUUGGCUGGUGUUGAAAAGCUUGUUGCUUUCAUGAAAGAUUUCCAGGCCAAGCAUGCUUAG